AAUGAGUCAAUCUUAAUUUGUUUUUAUAUACAGUCCUGGAAAAAAUUAUCAGGUCCAAAAAAAAAAAAUUAUGACAAUUUUCAAUCAUCAUGAUAGCUGAAACAAUACUGAUAGAUAGUGAUAACCAGACUAGAUUAUAUCUCAUAAUAGAAGUACGGCAGGUAUAAUGUCAUUCCCAGUGUUACCAUUGAUUAGUUCACCAUCAGACAAGGAAUCAAUCCAAGAUCUUUCCUUUGUCGGUGAGCUUUUGUUCCCUUUUAAAUCAGUGCAAAUUUCAAAGUAUUUCACCAGUCAAUUUCCCCAUGAUGUUGAAAUUAACGUCGAUGUUGAUGAAACUGAUAAAGUUGAUGUGGAUGAGAUCGUCAAAUUAUUGAACAAUGGUAUUAAAACUGUGUUCAUUAACGAAUCUGAUGUGGAAGAAGUUAUUGUCAAUAGUGGUUUACCAAGUUCUAGAUUUGCAGUUAAAUUACAAAGCACUACUACUAAAAUAUCUGACCAAAUUUUACAAUCUCAAGCUUCAAUCGUGGUUAACUCCCCAGUCCAAGAUUUCAAAUCAUUAAGUAAUGGAGGCAAUAGAUCCAUUUAUUACUCAUCAUCAUCUGUUGAUGAUGAAACAUUGGCUAUCAAAUUAGCUGGUGAAGGUUAUAUCCCAAUCAUCGCUGCUGAAAAAUUAACCACUGGAACUGACUCUACUAAGAUCUCUGUUUCAGAAGUAUUUGUAAGUACUUUAACUACUGAUCGUCAUGAUGGGCUUUACACUACUUUAAUAACUACCCCAGCUCCAGCUUAUACUGCUUUAGGUGUCGUAUAUUCAUCCAAAGCCUCUAUUAAAGCUGCUAUUGCUGAAAAAGUUGGUGUUUAUCAAUCUAGAAAGCGUCCUGAAGAAUUAUGGUAUAAAGGUAAGACCAGCGGUGCUACUCAAUCAUUAGUUAAGCUUGAAAAAGAUUGCGAUGCCGAUUUAAUCAAAUUCAUCGUUGAACCAAAGGACGGAUUUGGUUUCUGUCACUUAGAAAAUAACUUUUCAUGCUUCUACGAUGGACAAUUGGAAAAUAAAGACGAAGGCUAUGGUAAAGGGUUAGCUAAAUUAGAUUCAACCUUAGCUAAAAGAAUAGAAUCUGCUCCAGAAGGUUCAUACACUAAGAGAUUAUUCAAUGAUGAAAAAUUACUUAUUGCUAAAUUAAAAGAAGAAUUAGAUGAACUUAUUGAAGCUGGUCAAAAGAAUGAUACCAAUGAAGUUGCUUGGGAAAGUGCUGAUUUAUUAUAUUUCACCUUGGCUUGGGCUAUAAAACACGGUGUUAGAUUAGCUGAUAUCGAAAAGAAUUUAGAUAUAAAAUCUAAAAAAGUUACUAGAAGAAAAGGUGAUGCCAAACCUGCUUAUCAAGAAAAACCAAAGGAAGCUGAAGUUGUAUCUGAACCAGAUUAUAAAUUACAUAUCGUUGAAUCAGCUCAUACUAAUGAAGAAGGUCUUCAAAAAGCUUUAUCUAGACCAGUUCAAAAGACUUCUGAUAUUAUGAAAUUAGUAUUACCUAUCAUUCAAAAAGUUCAAAAAGAAGGGGAUAAUGCUUUAAUUGAAUUAACUGCUAAAUUCGAUGGUGUCACCUUAGAAACUCCAAUUUUAAGUGCUCCAUUCCCACCUGAAUUAAUGAACAUUUCAAAAGAUAUGAAAGAAGCUAUUGAUUUAUCUAUUUCAAAUAUUGAAAAAUUCCAUGCUGCUCAAUUACCUAAAGAUCCAUUCAUGACUGUUGAAACUGCUCCAGGUGUGUAUUGUUCAAGAUUCGCUAAACCUAUUGAAACUGUUGGUUUAUAUGUUCCAGGUGGUACUGCUGUUUUACCAUCUACUGCUAUGAUGUUAGGUGUUCCAGCUAAAGUUGCUGGAUGUAACAAUAUCAUCCUUGCAUCUCCACCAGCUAGGGCUACUGGAAAAUUAACUCCGGAAGUUGUUUAUGUGGCUCAUAAGAUUGGUGCUAAAUGUAUAGUUAUGGCUGGUGGUGCUCAAGCAGUUGCUGCUAUGGCUUAUGGUACUGAAAGUGUAUUAAAAUGUGAUAAGAUUUUAGGACCAGGUAAUCAAUUCGUUACAGCUGCCAAGAUGCACAUUCAAAAUGAUACUCAAGCUUUAUGUUCAAUUGAUAUGCCAGCUGGUCCAUCUGAAGUUUUAGUGGUUGCUGAUGAAAAUGCUGAUGCUGAUUUCGUCGCUAGUGAUUUAUUAUCUCAAGCUGAACAUGGUGUUGAUUCUCAAGUUAUUUUAAUUGGGGUUAAUUUAAGUAAACAAAAAUUAAUUGAAUUUGAGCAAGCUGUUGAAAACCAAGCUAAAGUAUUACCUAGAAAGGAAAUUGUUUCCAAAUGUUUAUCACAUUCAUAUAUCUUACUUGUGGAUACUAUUGAACAAGCAUUUGACUUAUCUAAUAAAUAUGCUCCUGAACAUUUAAUUCUUCAAAUUGAAAAUGCCUCAAGUUACGUCCCAGAUUAUGUUCAAAAUGCCAGUUCAGUUUUCGUUGGAGCUUUAUCACCUGAAUCAUGUGGUGAUUAUUCAAGUGGUACAAAUCAUACUUUACCAACUUAUGGAUAUGCUAAACAAUAUUCCGGUGUGAAUACUGCUACUUUCCAAAAAUUCAUAACUUCACAAGAAGUCACCAAGCAAGGAUUGGAAAGUAUUGGUAAAGCUGUUAUGACCUUAGCUGAAGUUGAAGGUUUAGAAGCUCAUAGAAACGCUGUCAAUGUUAGAAUGGAGAAAUUAGGAUUACUUUAAAAAAACAACUUAACUUUGUAUAAACAAUAGAAACUUAUAUUUUUAUUUUAAAAUGUAUAUAUAAACCAGUAGAUAUACAAUAUAUUAUUACUUUACUUUAAUU